AGACAGAAGCGGAGAGAGGAGUGACCUUAUCAAAACGCCUGAGCUCUACUUCACUGAAUCAUUUCUGAAGAGGAGGGUCAAACAUCGAAAGGGGAUUCGAGUGAAAGGAACGAGAGCGACAGAGAGGGAAAAAGUCAAAGCAACUCUACAGGUUUUGAGUGGCCUGCUUUAUUUUUAGAAAUGGAUUUCCAGCCAAGUAUAAUUCGAGAAUCCAGCACAAUGGAGACACUGGAGAAGCAACUAAUCUGCCCAAUCUGUCUUGAAAUGUUUGAAAAGCCAGUUGUGAUCCUACCCUGCCAACACAAUCUGUGCAGAAAAUGUGCCAAUGAUGUGUUCCAGGCUGCAAAUCCAUACUGGCAGGGUCGAAGUACCAUGAUAUCUGGAGGCAGAUUCAGGUGCCCAUCCUGUCGACAUGAAGUUAUUCUGGACCGACAUGGAGUAUAUGGGCUACAGAGGAAUCUUCUCGUGGAAAACAUCAUUGAUAUCUACAAGGAGGAGGGCAUCAGCAGACCUUUGAAGAAAGGCAACCAGCCCAUGUGUGAAGAACACGAGGAUGAAAAGAUCAACAUUUACUGCAUUACAUGCCAAGUUCCCACUUGCUCAAUGUGCAAGGUGUUUGGUGCUCACAAAGACUGCGAGGUGGCCCCUCUACAGAACAUAUUUCAACAACAGAAGACAGAGCUGACCGACGGAAUCGCCAUGCUUGUAGCUGGCAACGACAGGGUCAAUGCCAUCACAGACCAGUUGGAGGAAACAUGCAAAAGAAUUGAGGAGAACAGUAGACACCAGAAAAACCGGCUCAUGGAACAGUUUGAUGGUUUAUAUGCCAUCCUGGAACAAAGGAAAAAGGAUAUGCUACAAACAAUUACAAAAGAACAGGAGGAGAAAAUAACAUUCAUCAAGGAUCAGAUCAAACAAUACAAAGAACAUCUGGAGGGGUCCUCUAAGUUGGUGGAGACUGCCAUUCAAUUCAUGGAGGAGCCUGGAAUUGCUGCAUUCCUUGUUAAUGCAAAGAAACUCCUAGUAAAAAUCACUGAUGCCUCCAGAACCUCCCAUAUUCCAAAGCACGAAGAUGGGUUUGAGAACAUGGACCAUUACUCAGUGAAUCUGGAACUAGUAGAAGAAACAUUGAGAAAUAUAGCAUUUGCAACAGAAGAAGAUGAAAUUGAAGAAGAUGUGGAGACUGAGGAUGAAGAUGAUGAUCAAGCUGAUGACCAGCAGUGAUAUUGCCUUUGCAGUGACAAAUCUUUGAUGUCUUGCUUUAUGACUUCAAGCACCUCUAAGGUGGAACAUCUCGUGUGAAUAUUUGGGAUUGUCCUGGCUCUGAAGUAUAGGCAGCCAAGGAGGAAGACACAUUUGAUCAACAAACUCCUUUUUGUUCAUAAAACAUUUACAAAAAAAACCAAAAGAUGUUUUUAUAUGGGGCAAAAUGGAUGGUUUUGUACAUUUUAUAUUAUUUUUGUAUAUGAUACAAAGAUUCAUUGUAAUUUUUAAAGCUUUUUAACAUUUAGCAGGGUACACCACAGUAUGUCUGCCACUCCAAUAGCUUUUUAGCUUGAUCACUGCUACAUAAAAAUAGAUGGCAAUCAGUGCAGGGUAAAGUGCUUAAAUUAAAAGCCUCCUUAAGUAACACUCAGGUGAAGCUUAAUACAUGACAGGUGUAAAGAAAGCACAAAAUAAAUAUUGAAUUACCGGAAAGCAAUACUCAAUUUAAAGUGAUUGAAUAUUGGUAACUUGAAAUAAAAAUUGGGAAAUGAUACAACUAUAUAACUGAUCAGUCAGCAUCUAAAAGGGUGAGAGGUUUCUGGGGUAGGUGAUUCCUGCAAACUCAGUUUUAAGUAACCUUGUAAGUUCCAUUUUGCUUGUUGCCUCAUUUUCAUGCCUGUAUGUUUGAAUUUAUUGAAUGUAAAUAAACUUAUUUAUAUGAUGUUCUCUAGUUUACCCAAAUCUCUUGUGGUUUUCUUGCAAACAAGGCCUUUUCCAAUUCUCCCCUUCUUCCAACAAUACUGAUUUGUGUUGAGGUAGCUUUCCAGAGGUAACACCACAGCCCAGGUAACCAUUGACUUAUUACUCUUUCUGCAGUAAUG